UUUGAAUGUUUCCACUGAAUUACUCCUUUUGCCUCUUACAGAAUGAAGAUACUCAGAUGUUGUAUUAAAUACCCCCUUCAGCAGAAAGUCUUCAUCCUGUUUUUAACCCUGUGGCUGUUCUCCUUGUUGAAGCUUCUAAAUGUAGGAAGACUCCUCUUCCCUCAGAGAGGCAUUUACUUGGUGGAGCACUUCCUCAGCACCUCCCCUUUUGUAAGGAACAGAUACACCCAUGUUAACAACGAAGUCCAAUAUAAAGUUAACUGUUCGGGUGUCUAUGAACAGGAGCCUUUGGAAAUUGGCAAGUCUCUGGAAAUUAGAAGGAGAGACAUCAUCGACUUGGACGAUGAUGACGUCGUGGCAAUGACCAGCAAUUGUGACGUUUACCAGAUCCUAAGAAGGUAUCAUCAAAAGCUCGUUUCAAGGGAAGAGAGGAGCUUCCCAAUAGCCUAUUCUUUGGUGGUUCACAAAGAUGCAAUUAUGGUGGAAAGGCUAAUCCAUGCUAUAUACAACCAGCACAAUAUUUACUGCAUCCAUUAUGACCGUAAGUCACCCGACACCUUCAAAGUCGCCAUGAACAAUUUAGCUAAGUGCUUCUCCAAUAUUUUCAUUGCUUCCAAAUUAGAGACUGUGCAUUAUGCCCACAUUUCCAGACUCCAAGCUGAUUUAAAUUGCUUGUCAGACCUUCUCAAGUCUUCAGUUCAAUGGAAAUAUGUUAUCAACCUGUGUGGGCAAGACUUUCCUUUGAAGUCAAACUUUGAAUUAGUGUCAGAGUUGAAGAAACUCAAUGGAGCAAAUAUGUUAGAGACAGUGAAACCCCCUCACAGUAAAACGGAAAGAUUCACUUAUCACCAUGAGCUCAGACAGAUGCCUUAUGAAUAUGUGAAGCUACCAGUAAGGACAAACGUCUCCAAAGAGGCACCCCCUCAUAACAUUGAGAUAUUUGUUGGCAGUGCUUACUUUGUUUUAAGUCGAGCAUUCGUUAAAUAUGUUUUCAACAACUCCCUCGUUAAAGACUUCUUUGCCUGGUCUGAAGACACCUACUCGCCUGAUGAGCAUUUUUGGGCUACCUUAAUUCGGGUGCCAGGAAUCCCUGGGGAGAUUUCUCGGUCAGCCGAGGAUGUGUCUGACCUACAGAGCAAGACCCGCCUUGUCAAAUGGAAUUAUCACGAAGGCCUUUUCUAUCCCAGUUGUACUGGCUCUCACCGCCGAAGUGUGUGUAUCUAUGGGGCAGCAGAAUUGAGGUGGCUUAUCAAAGAUGGACAUUGGUUUGCUAAUAAAUUUGAUUCUAAGGUGGACCCUGUCUUGAUUAAAUGCUUGGCAGAAAAGCUUGAAGAACAACAGAGGGAGUGGAUCAAUUUGUCUUCAGAAAAGUUAUUUAUGGUUUAAAAAUCCCACAAUCUCAUCAUGAUAAAAUCUUGAUGGAAAUAAGGCAUCUGAUAAAUGGAGUUAAUAUGGAGUUGUAUACUAUCCAAAAUCCAGUACCAUAUGAGCUUAACUUUCUCAUUGUUUGAAAGGGAUCUAAAAUUCCAUGCACAAGGGAAAGUGAUUUAGCCUUUGGUGACAACUAGCCUGCAGUUGGUUGAGUACUUUUGUUUGUUUCUUUAAAAAAACAAAGUUUUUAUUAUUGUUUUCAGAGAGGAAGAGA